AUGCUCGAAAAACCGAUUCAAGAGGAUUCCAAACCACGUGGAGUCGCCGGGAGAGUGGGUUCCCGGCACGCUCGCUCCUGGCAGGCCGAGCUCCUGGCGGAGGAGAAGUUGAGCAGCAGGUUGUGUGUAACAGGAAAAGGCAAGAUCGCGGCCAGAGGCUGCAGAAUUGGAGGACGCAAAAUGGACACAAUCUGUUCUUGUCAACCGUCGCAUCUCCGGCUCGAGCAAGCGUUAGCUGACGACAUGUCCUCCUUGUCGAGGUUACGCCUCAACAUGGCCGUGCCUACGUUGCUGUUCUCGUUACAUCUCCUCGUAGGUGCGGUCAAUUUCGAGUCCUCUGUGAAAUCAGAUGGUUCCAUAAGCAGAGCUACGCAUAUGAAGCGGCAGCAUCACAUCCAUCGCCACCAUGUGAAGUACCACGGGUUGCCAUUGUCCUGGGGAGACCUGCCUCAAGCGCAAGAACCUAGGAGCAUCCUGGCCGAAAUCGAUGAUGCCAGUGGCGAGGAACAGGAACGGAGUGACGAGGUAAACAAGAGUGCCCCGGCAACCACCACAUUACCGCCUGUGCGGCAGGAUGGCAAGUUUCCAGUCGUCAACGAGUGGGCCUGCGCCCUCAUGUGCGCGGGCCAUGCAAAAGAUGGCUGCUGCUCCUACAAGGACAAUGCCCAAAGAGUUGGAGACGAGAACGACGGUGACAACAACGAAGAUGAUACAGGUUUAUGUGAGUUUCAGGCAGGCUUUGCCAAUAUCGACACGAAGGAGGGAGAUGAGUGGUCGUCUGCGGAAUGCAUUGCAGGGUAUGAGACUGGCAAAUGCGCUGAGUGGAGGAGGGGCAGAUGCAACGGUCCCGCCAAGAAAGAAGCGGCUUCCCUGGGGUUGCCGAUUUGGGAGUUGGUCUGGGAAGACAACUUUGACCACCUGACCUGCGUGCCAGACCGUGCCGGCAUCUUGCGUCCAAAUCCACACUACUGGACACCAGAAGUCGGGUACAAGCGUGGCAAGGAGCUGUCAUGGUACCAGCCCGAAAAUGCAGAAUGCAAGGACGGCAGGCUCAUCAUCACGGCCAAGAGGGAGCAGACAAAGCGAGAAGCAAAGUGCCAACUCACCAACUACAACCCGAGUGCAUCGGAUCCGGAGCUGAGCGAUGCUUCUUGCAAUGUCUGUGGGCCGCCACACUUCGAAUACGGAGACCCCUGCGACCUGCUCCAAAACGAUGCUUCAGGCGCGCCAGUAUGUGAUUGCUCGGGGUCCGCCGAGUACACAUCUGCUUCCCUCCUGUCGCGGGGUAAGUUAGAGAUUUCCUACGGCAUGGUGGAGAUGCGCGCCAAGAUCGACACAAGGCAAGGGGCAUGGUCGUCUCUGUGGUCUGUGGGCGACUUCGACGGGGUGGCCUGGCCCAAGAAUGGCCAAAUUGAUCUCAUGGACGCAUUCCAGGGCAUGGUGAAGGCCAGCGUGAUUCAUGCAGGGGAGUCGGGCCUGCCUAGCGAGGCCAUCCAGCAUGCAGCAGCCAUUAUGACCACCCCGGAGUGGGAGGAGGUGUAUCACACCUUCACCAUGGAGUGGGACACGGAGUUUGUGACUCUGAGCGUCGACCGCAAGGAGAUCAUGAGGUUGGAUCUCUCCGUGGCCAAUCCCGAGCGCACCACUUGGCCCAACCCCUUCACCAGUGAAAGCAAGAAGUUCUUCCUUAUCCUCAACCUUGCAGUUGGUGGCAGCUCGGGCGGUGACCCGUCCGAGUCAGACUUCCCAGUGAAGCUGGAGGCUGCAACUUCCCAGUGGCUGGCUGUGGCGUUGACGACGACCACGGAGACAGAAGAGGGUCGGGACCUGAUCUUGGCCGGGGCCGGUCAGCUCUUCUCCAGCCUAGCAGUUACCAGGCCGGGCCUCGUCACGAGGGAAGAGUGGAUGCACUUCUGGCUGAUGCGGGAAAGUUCUCCCAGCCACUACGCGCUUGCCAUCCUCCAGGGCCGGCUUGCCAAGCUAGCCAGGAGGUGUCCGGAGGCACAGGUGGUGGGCACCGUGCUCAACUUGUUCCGGGAAGCUGACUCUGACACCGGCGGGGAGAUUUCCCAAGCGAAGAUGUCGCAGUGUUGUUCGAAGUUCAGCCAGAAGAGUUGGGAGGCCUUGGGCUUGCCGGGAGCCGCGAGCUGGUUGAGAUCGGCGCCAAAGCGAGCCGAGGCAGCUACUCUGAACUACUUCGAGUUCGUCAGCGAGCUCGUCGGACGCCAGCGGCAUGAUGUGUGGCUGUACCAGUACAACAUCCCAGCAGGGCUGGCUGCCGAAGUCGAACCGGCGCAGGCCGCCCUGCUCAAGUCUCUAGGUGGCUUUUGGCACACGUCCAUCGUCGUCUUCGGCCGGGAGUACUGGUAUGGGAGGCAGUGCUUCGAAAGCAAGCUUCAACUUGGCCACUUCGGAGAGCCGGCAAAGAGAACCUACCUCGGAGCAGGGGCCUCGUACUCUUGGGCUUGCUUUGCACAGGGAGGAAUCGCAUGGUUGAGUUUUGCGAGAGUUGUGGUCCGCGCAGCUCUAGGGAAGUUUCGAGCAAUCCUGCCUUGUGCAGUGGUUUCUGGGCAUUCGUGCCAUAGGCUACCUGUGCUGGAAAAUCAACACCCGCUGGAUCACCUCGGUGAAUGUGUCCGGUUUUGGCUUGCAGUGCUGCAGAAGGACAUCUUGUCUUUUGCUUGCUCAACUAGAGUCUUCUGCAACCCUCAGCAUUCAGUAGCUGUAGCCGCCCGGUGCUGGCCAAGUCUCAGCUUAACCACCAAACCACCUAACUCUGAUCCAGAUAGCCUUGUAAAAUGUCAGCCUACCUCCACCGCAGCGAUCGAACGCGCCGCGUGGUGGUGCAGAUUCUGGCUGGGCUGGGAUUGA